AAAUGUCGACCGGUCGCCGUUUAGCCAAACGCUCCAUAAUCGGCACCAAAGUGUGCGCCAAAGGUCCGGAUGGCCUUUGGUAUUCCGGUACCAUCUCGGACGUGAAAACACCGCCCUCGUACAUGGGACCUCUCUCGCCGCCGCCGCCGCCCACAUUCUUGGCGCCCGGUGAGGCCCAACUAAACGCCGAUACGCGCUAUAUGGUCCGUUUCGAUUUUAAGACCGCCGUCGAGUCCCCAGCCGCGUCCACAUCCUCAUCGUCAUCCACGUCGUCAUCUUCCUCAUCCUCGUCCUCGUCCACAGAUCCGUCGGUCAUUGUGGAGACGCGUCGCGCUGCCAAUGUCCACAUCAGUCCCGCUCAGGCAUUACGUCGCAGCGCCAUGAUCAAGGAGUUCCGCGAAUCGGAUCUAAUUGGUCCUGGCUUCCGUUCUAUUAUGGACACUGAACUCCAGCCCGGGCAAAGGGUCUACUUUACGUAUAAUGGACGCGAACAGAGCGGCGAUGUGGUGAAACAUGAUGCCACUAAGGACGAGGUGAUUGUCAAGAUCACAACAGUGGGAAAUGAGGAACCCAUUGAGCUGAAGAAGCGUCUGGAGGAAGUGCGUCUGCUGGAAUCGCGACGCUCCGCCCGUCUGGCAGAUCAGGAUCGCGACACGGACUUUGCCAGACUCGCCGACAUGAGUGGCGAACGCCGCCGAACCACCACACACAGUAUUGAGGUGCCAUCGCAGCUGACGGCGCAGCACAAUCCCCGGAAACGUCCGCCCAGCGAUCAGCAGGACUACAGCAACUAUGAGGAGACAUGCCGUGCCGCUGAGAUUCUGUCAUCGAUGAAGCUGCAGAGUCCGCAUGGCUCAAUGGCCGACAAAUGCUCGAGUCCCGGUAGCAGCUCGUCGGCAUCCUGGAGCUCCGGUUCCGCAUCGCCGCCCCUAAGCGACGACGGUCACGCCCACCACAGUCCACACAACAUAAUGUCGCCACACGAUGCGGCCAAUGCACGUAUACGCACAACAUCCGUGUCCACAUCGGACGAGGGCAUAGUCCUCGACUUCAAGGAAGAGCGCAAGAAAAAGGUGAGUUUCCCCUUUGCUGAUGCUUGAAAAUCUGGUUAACAGUAAGUCGUAAAUUAUAUGAUUGCCCACUCCUCCAUAUUUCUGAGUUUCUGGGUGCGGCCACAUUUCUUUUUUUCCUUUUUUUUUUAUUUUUUGCUUGUGAAAAUCACAAUUCUCAAUGAGACAGGAAACAAGGAGCGUAAAAAUGGUUGAACCAGGUACUUUAUUCAUUUAUUGCCUUUUUUUUUAGCGAAAAUUGCACUGGCAAUCAACUCAUUAGGUUAGGUCGCAGGGGAAAACAAAAACAGCGAGAACAAAGGCGGCUUGGGAGAAACCGCGUUACGCAUUUUUAAUUGCCAACUUGGAGCUGCCAGACAAAAACAAAAGCGAAUAAAUAAAGAACAAAACACCGCUGGGGCAAUUAAAAAAUUAAACAAAAUUUCUGCAUCAGCUGAUGGGUGUGUUUUCGCUGCGGGAAUAAGUAAAAAAAAAAAAGUGCUCAGGGCAAUGUCAACGAGGCAGCAGAAGAAGCCGCAGCAUUUCCUGCCCAAGAAUUUCCCUCCUUCAACUUGUGAUUCGAAAAACAGGGGCGUGUUUAGGAAGUGCUAUUCAAGGGGGUUCCAUGAGUUUAAGUUGAGUGUUUACAUAGGGGUUUAAGGUACUAAAACUGGCAGCUUAAAAAGAAGUUCAGCUGUCUUUCUAUCACCAUCUAAACAAACAAUAUAACUAUAUAUCUAGAGAUAUAUAAAUCAAUUUGUAAUAAAGAAUUAAAAAAUAUUUUUUUAGGAAGUUGCGCUCUUCGAUAACAUAUAAAUUAUAAUUUUUCCUAGAUUAAAUUUAAUGCACUUUGCUUGUUUGGUUUUCCAUCCCCGGAAAUACAGCCACUGCUUUCCAGGUUCGAUGUGAACGUGGCUGUGUUGCCGUAAUUUAUGCGCCUCUUCGACGCGCUUGCCAAUUGCUUCCUCGCGCUGCGUUUUCCUUCUUACUUUUUGUUUUUGUUUUUUGCAUUUUUUUUUUUCCAAGAAGCAGCCGGCAUCCAGCCAUCAAGCCAUCCAACCGCCCCCGCGCCACAUUGCAAAGAUUUCUUUAUUACUUGGGCACGUUCGUUGCUUUUUUUUCGUGCCGCUCUUCUUUUUUUUUCUGUUAUUAUUAUUGUUGUUGUUUGGGGUCGAGGCCGGUCAUUAAUAUCCACGCAUGGAGUUCACUUCAGUUCGGUGGAGCACGUCCCCCGUUGUUCCACCCACUCCAUCCAUGCCAUCUUAUUCCAUCACAUCACAUCCCAUCCCAUCCCAGAUUCGUUCCAAUCUGAAUCAGCUGUAUGCAUAAUAUUUGUUGUUUGCUGAUUCUGUCAGCGUCUUGAGGAUCGGAUCCGCUUCGUCACUCCAUCGUCGUCGUUGUCGUCGUAGUCUUCUUCAGCGAUUCUUGUCCAGGUCAGUUACUACAAAAUAUGGGGAGAUGUUGCUGCUGUUGAUGUUGCUAUUGCUGUUGCUGUUGUGAUGUUGCUGCUGUGGCUGGCAUACGUGAGUGGCUUGGCCAGGCGAUAUCUUUGGAGUUCACAACUCCAGAGGCUGCACGACUUAUCAACUUGGUUUCUGUUUCUAUAGCUUCUUGCUAUAGGUUCUUUUCCUUCCCUCAGUCGAUGCGACAACAAUCACGAAUGCAGCUCGAUAAUGACAAUGGUAAUGAUGACGAUGGUGCCACUGUGACUGUGUCCUAAAUGCUGAUAAUGAUGUUUGUUUGCCGGCGAUGACAAUGGAUCUAUAUACAUAUGGUGUCUUGUCUGUGUUAUAUACUACAUACUGCCUUGAAAAUCUGAUAAUUGUAAAUAAUAAUACGAUUAAUAAGAAUUGUUAGUGGUUACUCACUUUAUGGUUUACCAGCAAGAUUAUGCCUUCACAUGUGAAACCCAUUUAAAAGAAGAUAAUCUCUCUCUUUUCCUAGCAAACUUAACCCUUUCCUUUGGUGGUUUUUUGGGUUCGCUGUCCUUUGGUCAGGUGGCAGUGGCUUUUAGGAGUUACUAGCUAGCCAUUUUCCCUGCUGCCCUGCUAACUCUCGGUCUUAAUCUUGGCCAGGUUGUUGUUUCUCCAUCGCUGUUGCUGCGGCUGCUGCUGCCACUAUUGUUGCUGUCUUUUUUGACCGGCCGGCCGGCAUUAUAUCUCAUUACAGAGAUCAGCAUAAAUAAGCAGUGAGCACGCCGCACCACCAGCUCUGCUCCUCCAGCUCUACCAUCAACUCCAGGUCCAACUCCGACAUCAUCAACAACAACGGCUGAGGCUGAGGCUGAGGCUAAGGCAGAUUCAGACAACAACAGCCCACAGCCGGAGGAACGAACGAGCGAUUAAGCGAUACAUUCAGCCAUGUUCGUGUAUUCCCCACAGAGAGUAAGAGACAGAGAGAGAGAGAUGGGGGAACAGAAUGGGGCAUGGGAUUGGGAUGGGAUUCGGAAUGGGUACGGGUAUGGGUAUGGGUAUGGUGCAGGGUGAGAGAUGGGGACACAGAUGGAGAAAGGGCACAACGCUUGCGUACUCGCCGAGGCAAUUGAACGAACUCGAUUGCAGCGCGUGAAGGUGGACAUGACGAUCCCGUUCUCCACUUGCCUCCUCCCCAACUCCCCUUGCCCCGUUGUAUAUAUACAACAUACAUAUACCCAUUCCCGAUCUUCUGGGGCCGUCGUUUUCAAGCGAGCAAAAUAGAAUUUGUUAUUGUUGUUGAGGCAGGGCAGUUCCUUGACCACAUGCGUCAUCAUCAUCGCGUUUGCCGUGUGCAAAAAACAUGAUCAUUACGCGAUUCCCCCGAUUCCCGACUGACUGGACAUGGAGCGGCUGCUGAUUCAGAUUCAGCAUCAUCAGCUCUAUGGCUCCGGCCUCAUAAUUCCCCCCGCCAACCUCCUUUCAGUCUCGUUCAGGCGUUUUUAAUGAUGCGUCAGAAUAUUGUUUACGCAUCAUUUUACAUGUCGGCAAAUGGGAAUGGGUUGCAUUUGCAGUUGCAACCUCAUAGAUACUCUGCUUCUCUACCGAAGAGUCUAUAUGUGUGUGUUUGUUUGUUGCCCGGGGGCAAGUGCUGAAUAGAUGCUGCUUUUAUUCUUCAGCAGAGAGCUUGGCCAUAAAAUUAUGAAACCCCUCUGCAAAGAGGUUUGCCAAAUUCCAUCGUGAUGUGUGCAUUAAAGCACGAAUUAGCCGCCGGUUAUGGCUACAAAGUUGCCUGCCCAGGUACGUUUAUCUGGCAGAUGCAUUGCCAUCCUUAUUAGCCGGCAAUUUGUGCCAUGAAAAAGAAAAUAUCGAAAAGGUCUCAAAGCAAAUGCUGUAAUCCUAUGCCCUGCCCAGCCCUGCCCUGCCCAGUCCAGCCCUGACCUGCCUCUCGCUUCACAGAUGAAACAACCUCAAAAGUGCAAGUUUAGUAGUUAUGAUUGAGCUCUCUGUUUUUGGGCCAAAAGUAAUAAUUCCAAUAAAGUUUUCCUCUAGCCCAGGGUUGUCCAGAGUGUGUGCUGAAGAAAAAGUGUUGCCAUGACGCCGGGUGCAAACAAUAUCGAGGUGAAUGUGCAACAACUGCACUUUGUUUACAUUUCUCCUGCUGUGUUACUUUUCCCCACUUUGGCAUUUAUGCUUAAGCUUCUGCUUAUGCUACAGCUCCGGCUCCUGUUUUCCUAGCUGCUGCUGCUGUUGUUGUUGUUGUUGUCCUGGCUGUGGAAAUUAAGCGAAAAACUUGUCAAAGGCAUGUCCUGCCCUGCACCAGCGAUCCCCCAAACCACCCGCUUGCACCUCGCAUAAAGUCAAGUGCGGCGGGCGGGGGAAAAGCAACUUUUCUAUCCAGCCCUUCGGUGCCAGCACAGAGAGAAAUUCAAAGGGUUAAAAUGUUAGGUAAUGUCUACAGAUAAGGAAGUGAUAGAUGGAUGACAAAGGAUGCCUCUUACUAUUUUCUUAUGUCUUUAGUCAUAAUGAAAUGAAAUCAUGGAAAACCUUCUCUUGCAUUUUAGAUGCCUGUAGCUGACUCUUGAUUACUUUUGUAUCGUUUUCGACUUUUUUCUCAGUGAGCUUACUGCUUACUUCCCCUGUUUUAUUUUUGCCUAGGUUGACAUGCAAUCCCAGGUACAUGUGGAGAGUUCCCUGCCGAUUCUUAACUGGGUUCAAUGACAUACAGGAUAAGCAACAGCAACAUCGGGCAGCCUACAAUCCACCACCACUCUAGCAUAUAGUACUACUAUGUAUGUAUAAAGUAUAUAUAGAACAACAACAACAACCGGCAUUAACUUCGCUGGGGCAAGAGCACAAAACGUAAACGUUGCAAAAAGGCGGCAAGCAAAGGCAAACCCGAAAACAAAGCCAUGGCUAAAACGUCCAGAAGCAGGAGCAGGCCAGAAAUGGGUAGGAUGAUGAUGAUGGCUAGAAUGGGAUGGGCAAUGGCAGCGGCAGGGGUAGGGAACGGAGCAAAGUGGCAGUAGAUCCAUGCUGCACUUGAGGUUAAAGGCAGCCAGAAACCGAACGAAAACCAAACCAAGUUGAGUUGAGCUGGGGCAAACCUGUGUACAAAUACUCGACAUGCACGCCGCCCAUUUGCCACUCCACUCGGUAUCCUGUUUGCCUAGGCACCCAUCUCCAUCUCCAUCUCCAUCUGCAACUCCCAUUCCCAUCCACCGAAUCCUUAUCCAUAUACCCAUCCCUUUUGGCCAUCCGUAACCCCCAUAUGUUCGAGUUGAAUGGAUUCCUUUUGCUUCGGUAGACCGGCUUUUCUUUUUCGCUUUAUUUUUUUUUUUUUCGGCGCUGGCGAAUUUGCGGCAGGACCUUUUGGCUCCUGAACCCUACUGCUAUUUCUCCAACAGUUUUCAUUUGCCUUGGCCAAGAUUAUUAAAAUUCCUACGAUAUGAAUCGAGAAGUUCAAUAAGGUCUUGAAUUCCUGAUCUCAGAUGUAUGAAGAAAAGUCGGCGAGUGGAAACGCAAAGCAUACACCAGGGGGCCGUAUGAAAAGUUUGCUUUUGGAAUACCAUUGUUUACCUAGGCCGGCUCUUCUUCUGCUUCAAUCUCAACGCCUUGACUUAUUGCAUUUCUCAAUUUUGGUUGCCAGGACAACGCUUAACGGGUCCUGAUCCCCCAACUUCUCCUCAUACUGUGGGUGGCAAGCUAAAAAGU